AUGGCCGCAGCAGGAUCGUCUAACGGACCUGUUCCUGGAUCCAUUCAGGCUCCAAUUCCAGUACUGGACAAUGCGCCAGUUGGAAAAUCGGCACCUAGUGUUGGGACAGGUAAUCCUGUGGCCUCGACCUCGACCUCGACUCUGAGCCUGGCGUCGAAGCCAGCGGCCCCGAAGCAAGGAGCACAUUCCACACCAUACAGCGUCCCUCACGCGUCUCCUCUCGGCUCAAAUGGAGGUAAAUCAACCGAUCUAUUUGGUCGAGGUGUGUUGCGAGCGAGGCUAGAGUCAAUGGCCCGCGAACAUUCUAUGAUGAUCGACGAGGAUGUCUUGACAUACCUUGCACUCGCCGCCGAAGCUCGUCUCCGUUCCCUUAUAUCCUCCGCCAUGGCUGCCCAACUGCACCGUACGACUUCAUCUCAUGUCCGUGCUCCACCUCCAUCCAAAUCCACUGGUCAGCCUAUGUGGUCUCAUGUUGCUGUUUCUGAUCCGAAUGCCGUAUUGGAAGCUCUGAGUAAAGAGAAUAAAGAAGCGGAACAGAGCUUCAGGGCCAACCGAAUGGACAGGAUAGCGAGGGAAGCAGAAUUCCAAAGGGCUAAAGAGAGGGCAGAGAGGAUCGUCGCGUCUGAGAUCGCAGCCAAAGCAGGUGGCGGUGGGCCUAGUAAUGUAGGAGAAGGAGGCGGAGAAGGAGAAGAGGCCAAUGGUGAGAAUGGUGAAGAUGCCGAGAUCAAUGGAGUCGCUGGGGGAAGUGGAACAGCAACGCCGAUCAAGGCCAGCACAUCGACAGGAAAUUCUCCGCCAGUCUUUGGAGCUGUGAGCGAGCGGAAAACGCCCUCAAGUGGUCGGAAAUCUGGAAAAAAGGCAGCAAGAGACGUCUCCGCCGAGGUGGCUCAUAAAUUAUCCAAUGCGACCGCUAUGAGGAGCGCCGGAAUGUUUAGCAAGAAGCAGUACUCUUGGCUGACUUCUGUACCUCCUGUCAGUAGUCCUCUCGCUGGGCGAAAGAGGAAAGAUGGAGAAGGAGAAGGUGAGGAGGGUGGCGCGGGAACAGGAGAAUCGAGUAAACAGGAGGGGAACGCAGGGACACCGUUACCGAAAAAGAAGAAAAAGAGGGACAAGGGCGGCGGCAAAGGUGGACAAGUUGAUGAUGGAGCAGGGGCAGACGGUGAUCUCUCAAUGAUGGCGAGACGGCGACCUCGGCUUUCAGUUCCGACCCGGAGAGAAAUCGUCGUGGCACGAGACGCAGGUGGGGAAGAACGGAAAGUCACGGAUGACAAGGUGUUAACCAUGGACGAUCUCAUCUUUGCACUGGAGAGGGAGGGAGUGGGCAGAGGUAUGGGCUCAACGGACGAGAUUGUCACACGUGUUAGAGCGCUGGGCGAUGUCAGAUCGAGAGAAGGUUCCCGUCGAUGA